GGGAGCAAAACAAUAUUUUGAUUUGAUUUGCCUUGGUCGGAAGUAAAAGUUUUUCUGAAACUUUUGUUAAAUAUACGUUGAAAUGAGCAAUGCUGGUUCUCCGCCCAAGUGGCGAACUUCGGCCAGUGUAAUUCUGGUGACCAAAGAAGCUGAAAAAAGCAAUGACUACAAGUUGUUAAUGCUGAAGCGUAGUGAUGCCACAGCAGUGAUGGUCAACCAAACUGUGUUCCCCGGUGGACUUCUGGAUUCCGAGGCCGACGAGAGCGUGGCUUGGCUGCAAUAUCUCGAGAAGUUUGGUGUCCCGCAGGAGGCACUUCGUCGCCUGGUCCUCAUUCGCGAUGAUCGUCCUGCCAUUCUGGCUCCCCAAGGGACUGGCUGCUAUGAUCGGUUCUUCAAACGCUCCCGGAUUUGGUCGCGGGAGAUUACACUGCGACUCACCGCCGUGAGGGAGUGCUUUGAAGAGGUGGGCUUGUUGCUUUGUCGGAAGAGGAGUCAGCUUGAUUUCGGUGCAGUUGCCUGUGCUCAGGAAGUUCCCGAUCUGGAGGCCUGGCAGCGAAGAGUGCACAACAAGCCCAGCGAGUUUCUGACCCUCUGCAGGGAGCUGGAAGUGGUGCCGGAUUUGUGGGCCCUGCACGAGUGGUCGGCGUGGGCGAGUCCGGGAUUUAUGCGCAAGGGCUACGAAACAGUUUUCUUUAUGGCUUUUGUGGAUAAACAGCCAAAUCUGUUGGAAGAACCUUCCGAAGUUAAGGAGACGCUGUGGCUGACAUCAUUGGAACUAUUACGGCAAGCAGAUCUCGGUGAAGUUUGGUUUCUACCGCCGCAGGUCUAUGAAUUGUCACGAUUAAUGGGAAUCAAGGAGUAUCAAAGUCUGUUGGAUUUUGCCAUUAAGCGCAGUGGAUUGGGCACCACUAUGUACCUACCAGUAACCUAUGAUUGCCAAGGAUCUAUGAUUUAUGUUUUGCCAGGUGAUGAUUUCUAUGUUCCAGAACCGCAUUUGGUUCACGAAAUCAUUAGUUUUCCUGGCUCAGUGGAUGAGUUCAGAGCUCGUUCAAAGCGCUUGCAUCGCUAUACCUAUGGACCCUCUAUUCGGAAUUUGGAGUUGAAUUUUCCCCCACCCAAUGGACAUUUAAGACCUCUAAAAUUCCAUCUGAAGCGGCAAAAGCUGUAAUCACAUUCCGUGGCUGGCCAUCGAAGUGAGCGGUGACCCCAGCUGCUAAGCUCUGAUAAGAUGCUAAAUGUGACCCCUGUAAUGAAGCAGUCACAAAUUUUUGUUUUGAAAUUAUUCUAAGCGGCUUUAGCCGGCCAUCAAGACGCCGUUCCUCAAAGGACAUAAUUAUUGUUUUAUGUGACAAAUUUUAAUUAAAAAACGAACAGUUUAACUUUAA